AUCUUUGCCAGUGAGUGAGUGAAUGAAAGAGCACACACAACGACCUUCAGAUUUUGACCAGAUCUUGAUGAUGAAGCUCUCUGCCACACUGAGCCUGAUCAGAUUGCUGUGUGUGCUGCAUGCCACCAGGGCAUCUGUGGUAGCAAAUGUCACGGACACCCUGCUCUCAGCAAACUCCAGCGACGAGGAACCGAACUGGAGAAGGUAUCUGCAACCUGGGGAAGUCCCUCAAAGCAGAAGGAGGCGAUAUAUCUCCCAGAAUGAUAUGUCUGUUAUCCUAGAUUACCACAACAAGGUCCGGGGUCAAGUCUUCCCACCUGCUGCUAAUAUGGAGUACAUGGUCUGGGAUGAGAAUCUAGCCAAGUCUGCUGAAUCGUGGGCUGCUACAUGUAUCUGGGACCAUGGACCACCUUACCUACUGAGAUUCCUCGGACAAAAUCUAUCAGUUCGUUCUGGACGUUACAGGAAUAUUUUGCAGCUGAUAAAACCCUGGUACGAUGAAGUGAAGGACUAUGGCUUUCCAUAUCCUCGUGACUGUAACCCCAGGUGCCCUCUAAAAUGCAGUGGACCAGUAUGCACACAUUACACACAGAUGGUUUGGGCAACAUCGAAUCGAGUGGGCUGUGCAAUCCAUACAUGCCACAAUAUGAAUGUUUGGGGGUCUACAUGGCGUCGGGCUGUUUACCUGGUGUGCAACUACUCUCCAAAGGGAAAUUGGAUUGGAGAAGCACCCUAUAAAGUUGGAGUACCAUGUUCAGCCUGUCCACCAAGUUAUGGAGGCUUCUGCAAUAACAAUCUAUGUUUCCCAAGAAUGACAUCUAACUAUUUGUACUGGUUCAAGUGAUCCAUUGGUGUAUGGAAGAUUCACACCAUGCAGCAUUAAGGUUCCUCAAAAUAAUUGCUAUUCAGCAUAAGGGAUACUUAUCUACCUGUUCUUAGCAGAACAAGCUUGCGUUAAUGUACCAUUAUUAUCACUGACAU